ACGCAUCCAAGGCCGUCAUACGGCCAGCAACCUUGCCGGGGAGUUGAUGAAUACGAUAACGGAAACUGGGAUCGGAGACCGGGUUUGUAGCGUGACCAGUGAUGCAGCUUCGGUCAAUAUCAAGAUGAUGAAGCUGAUUGAGCAAAAGCCUGGGACCAUUAUCCACGUAUUAUGUGUGGGGCACAAACUCCACCUAUCGGUCACUAAUGGUCUGGGUCUGUGGUCUUGCAAAACCAUCGAUGAAGAUGAUACUAGGUCCAGUCAGCAGACCGAAGAUAGCUCCUCCGACGAAGACGGGGAUCCGGACGACAUCCUCGCAGAAGCUGAGUCCGAUUCGGAUGCUGAAGAUAUAGACGAGUCUUCUGACCUCGCGUGGUCGCGGGGUGUGGAAACAACUGAUGAUAGAAGAUGUCGACAGUGGGGUGUUGCACUUCUGAAAGCUCGGGCUAACGGUCGGCUCCUACGUCAGUCCUCCGUUGCGAGCAGCCUGCUAUCUGAGUGCAUGAGAGCCGAAGGUAUUGUGAGGCAGCGAGUCUGCCCCCGGGACAUCAACAUCCGUUGGAAUAGCACUUACCGCAUGGUACAAUGGUAUGUAGAAUAUCGCCCGGUCUUCAGUCUCUUCCAAACCCGUUGUCAAGCUUUGCCGAAGUCGGACAACUUGCACAAGCAUUUCCGCAAGUUCGCGUUGACAGUUCCUGAUUUCGAGUCUCUGCAGAACUUGGCGUCAGUUCUGUGCCAUUUCGAGGAUGCCACUCGCCUGUUUUCUGGAUCGUCGUACUGUACGCUCAGUCUUAUUAGACCGGUGGUGAAGGGCCUACUCCAGAAGUGCAGCGGUGCAGGUGGGCGCUCGCAGUUAUGCCGGAUCAAGGAUCGUGUGCAUGAGAGCUUGAACAACUACUUCAAGUUUUGCUUGAUUGAAACGGACUCGGGCAUUCUUCACCAUGCCUGCGUGGCUGCAUCCUAUCUCCAUCCUGCAUUCGCCGAUACGGAGGACGAGGACUCCGCUCAAGAUUCUAUCAGAAAAUGUAUGGCUUUCUUUGGCAUCAGUGACAGUGCUCUUGACGCUGACGACUCCUCAUCAACUA